ACGGCGCGGAAGUGAAGUCUGUGACGUAUACGUAAUAUUUUGGAUACAUAUUUUUAUUAGCGGAAUCACAUCUUUAUAAUAGCAUCGAAGAUGUCGCAGUAUCGCCUGCUGCUGCAGCUGCCUCGACUGUUGCUUCUACUGCUGGUCGCUGCUCAUCCUCUGACAGCUGAGCCAGCUGGCUAUCACUAUGAUCGUCCAACGGCGGGUCCCUAUGCUCCAACUGCUCCUUCGUCCAUACUAACGGGACACCACUUCUCUCCGUUGCCCACGGUGCAGCCGCUGCCGCCGGUGCCGGCGCUGCCGCCGCUGCCCACAGGUCAUGGGCCGCUGCCCAGGACACGCAUCCAACAGCCAGCGUUGAGUCUGGCCACUCGCUAUCUGCCGGCAACGCCAGCUGCUCCUGUGGUCAGCAGCUACUCGGCGCCUGACUAUGCUGCACCUCUGUCCUCUAUCAGCUUCCAUGGCCAUGUGACGCCCACACAGCAGUCGCUGCCCAUUCAUGUUCCCAGUGCUCCAGCCGCUGCUCAGCCUUUGCGCAUUCCCUUUGGCAAGCAGGCGCUCUUUUCGCCGGGCGAGUCCUACGUGGCCAAUGGACGGCAGCUGAAACAGUAUGCGGUCAUCGAGAUCAUCGACAACGAUAUCAACGAAAGCCCAGCUCCGUUCCUUAGCUCCGGCUUUUUGGAUCGCUAUCGUGCGAGUCUGGGCGCGAGUGGCACCGGCGCCACGCCGACGUCUACGGGUGCGGGACUGCAGCUGGACUCGCGUGCCAACGCUUUGGUUCUGGAGCAGCAGGCGCUGAGCUUGCAGCCGCGUGCGGGUCAAAGCGAUGCUAUCGCCCUAGGCUCUGGCGGAUUGGGGUAUAUCCGACUGCCCAACGGCAAUGUCUACUUGGGAUCCGGCUCUCUGGGCUACAUCAGUGGCCAGCAGCGCGUUGCUUCCGUCUUGGAUGCGCGCACUCGGUCCGAAUCAACGUCAGAUGCUCUGCACUUUGGACAUGGCCCGUAUGGUGGUGCAGAUAACUUUUUGAGAUUCUAAUACCUAUUUUUUUAAGAGACAGCGAUAG